GAUGAUGACGAGAAUUGCGUAAAAGAAGCGUGACGAACAGCAGCAGUGUAUUUGUGUAAGUGUCCGCGCGCACACAAACAUGUCUCUCCUGCGAUCACUGUCUUCAACCAGCAGGCACGUGACGUCACUGUCUAAGAGUGUAUCAGUGGAGUCUGUCUUUACAGGGUGUUCACGGGCAGCCAGCGGAGUGCUGAAGGACAAGGAGCCGCUGAAGAAAGCCAAAACCCCGCAGGGUCGCUUAGACAGCACUGAAGAGAAGCACACGGAUGUGCUGCAAAAGUUCCCUGAUGAUGUGAAUCCUGAAACCAAAGAGAAGGGGGGUCCUCGGGGUCCAGAGCCCACCCGCUAUGGGGACUGGGAGAGAAAGGGCCGCUGUGUCGACUUCUAGUUCAUUCCUCAUAAAGAGGCACUUUUUCAAGCAUAGAUUGUGUUUUCUGUACGCUCAGGUCUGAGUGUCUGAUCAGAGGGAGAGGAUCAGGCAGACAUCCACUUUCUGGCUGUGACUGUGUUAAUACUUACAGGGAACAAGAAGAGAACUGUUAGCACACAUUUGUAUUUAAGUGCUUCCUAGCUGUUAUGUUAUGUUAUGUCAAAAAACACGUCAUCAGAAAUCACUUCGAUACGUGAAGCUUCAAGACACAUUUGCACAUUUCUGGUGUUUUGUUUCAGGUGGGAGUGAGAUGUGGUUCUGGCCCUGUGUUCUGUUCACAAGUGUGAAUGUUGAAAAUAAUAAAAUCAAAGAUGAUUCUAUGUACACA